AUGCUCCCAACCCUGGUACUGCUCAUCUUCUGCAGUUUCCUGCACUCUACUGUUUUGAGCAAGGAUUCCUGUUCUACCUGGGGAGGAGGGCAUUUUUCAACCUUUGAUAAAUACCAGUAUGACUUCACUGGGACUUGCAACUACAUCUUUGCAACUGUAUGUGAUGAGACCAGCCCAGACUUCAACAUUCAGUUCCGUCGUGGGCUGGACAAAAAAAUUGCAAGGAUCAUUAUUGAGCUUGGACCUUCUGUUGUCAUUGUUGAGAAAGGCAGCAUUUCUGUCAGGAGUGUUGGUGUCAUUCAGUUGCCUUACACCAGCAAUGGAAUCCAAAUAGCCCCUUAUGGACGCAACAUCCGCCUGGUGGCCAAGCUGAUGGAGAUGGAACUGGUGGUCAUGUGGAACAACGAUGACUACCUCAUGGUUUUGGCUGAAAAAAAAUACAUGGGGAAAACGUGUGGAAUGUGUGGGAACUAUGACGGUUAUGAACUGAACGAAUUUGUGCGUGAAGGUAAAUUGCUGGAUACAUAUAAAUUUGCUGCAAUGCAAAAAAUGGAUGAUCCAUCAGAGAUCUGUCUGUCCGAGGAGAUACCAAUUUCCACCGUUCCUCACAAAAAAUACGCCAUGAUCUGCUCUCAGCUCCUUAAUUUGGUGUCCCCAACCUGCAGUGUGCCCAAAGACAGCUUUGUCAUUCGUUGUCAGCUCGAUAUGCAGGACUGCAGUGAGCCAGGACAAAACAAUUGCACUUGUUCUACACUGUCAGAGUAUUCCAGGCAAUGUGCUAUGUCACACCAAAUGGUGUUCAACUGGAGAACUGAAAACUUCUGCUCUGUGGGAAAAUGUUCAGCGAACCAAAUCUAUGAGGAAUGUGGUUCUCCAUGUAUUAAAACCUGUUCCAACCCAGAGUACAGCUGUUCCAGUCACUGUACCUAUGGCUGCUUUUGUCCAGAAGGAACUGUUCUUGAUGAUAUCUCGAAGAAUCGGACAUGUGUUCACAUUAGCCAGUGUCCAUGUACACUGAAUGGGAAAACAUAUGGUCCUGGUGAGACAAUGAAAGCAGCUUGUAGGACCUGUAAAUGUGUGAUGGGUCAGUGGAACUGCAAAGACUUGCCCUGCCCUGGAAGGUGUUCACUGGAAGGAGGCUCCUUUGUUACCACGUUUGAUUCGAGGCCAUAUCGAUUCCAUGGGGUUUGCACUUAUGUUCUUAUGAAGAGUUCCAGCCUGCCACACAAUGGAACCCUAAUGGCUGUUUAUGAAAAGACUGGUUAUUCUCAUUCUGAGACAUCACUUAGUGCUAUAAUUUACCAAUCUACAAAGGACAAAAUUGUGAUUUCUCAAAAUGAUCUCCUUACUGAUGAUGCUGAACUUAAGCGGCUGCCUUACAGAUCAGGAGACAUCACUGUUUUCAGACAGUCCUCCAUGUACGUUCAGAUGCAUACAAACUUUGGGCUGGAACUUGCAGUUCAAACAUCACCUGUGUUCCAGGCCUACGUGAAAGUUGGAUCACAAUUCAAAGGCAGAACACUGGGUUUGUGUGGCAAUUACAAUGGAGACACUACAGAUGACUUCAUGACUAGCAUGGAUAUCACUGAAGGGACAGCCUCCCUGUUUGUAGAUUCCUGGAGGGCAGGAAAUUGCCAUCCUGCCUUAGAGAGAGAGACUGACCCCUGCUCUUUGAGCCAACUGAACAAAAUAUCUGCUGAGACUCAUUGCUCCAUUCUGACCAAGAAGGGUACAGUGUUUGAGAAAUGCCAUGCUGUGGUGAACCCUAUUCCUUUCUACAAGAGAUGUGUCUACCAAGCCUGUAAUUAUGAAGAGACCUUUCCUUAUAUAUGUUCUUCUCUGGGAUCAUAUGCACGAGCAUGCAGUUCCAUGGGUUUAAUCCUUGAGAACUGGAGGAGCAGUAUGGACAAUUGCACCAUUACUUGCACUGGCAAUCAAACAUUCAGCUACAACACUCAGGCAUGUGACAGGACAUGCUUGUCACUCUCUAACCGAGCCCUGGAAUGCCAUCCAACUGAUAUUCCUGUUGAAGGCUGCCAAUGUCCUAAAGGAUUGUACCUGAACCACAAGAAUGAGUGUGUUCGUAAAUCUCAUUGUCCUUGCUACUUAGAGGACAGAAAGUACAUCCUGCCUGACCAGUCAACAAUGACUGGUGGGAUCACCUGCUAUUGUGUUAAUGGGAGGCUAAGUUGCACAGGCAAGCCUCAAAAUCCUGCAGAAAACUGCAAAGCUCCUAAGAGAUAUGUAUCAUGUUCUGACAAUUUAGAAAAUAAGUAUGGAGCUGCAUGUGCCCCUACCUGUCAGAUGCUGGCUACUGGAAUUGAAUGUAUACCCACGAAAUGUGAAUCAGGCUGUGUCUGUGCUGAUGGCCUCUAUGAAAAUCUCGAUGGCAAAUGUGUGCCAGCUGAGGAAUGUCCAUGUGAAUAUGGUGGCCUUGCUUAUGGAAGAGGUGAACAAAUCCAGACUGAAUGUGAGAUCUGCACUUGCACAAAAGGCAAAUGGAAAUGUGUUCAGAAAACAAGGUGUUCCUCCACCUGUAACCUGUAUGGAGAAGGCCACAUCACCACCUUUGAUGGACAGCGUUUUGUGUUUGAUGGCAACUGUGAAUACAUAUUAGCCACGGAUGGUUGCAGUGUUAACAGACCCGUUUCCUCUUUCAAAAUUGUUACUGAGAAUGUCAUCUGUGGGAAAUCAGGAGUUACAUGCUCCAGAUCCAUCAGCAUUUACCUUGGGAAUCUGACAAUCAUACUGAGAGAUGAAACCUUUGCUAUUUCUGGGGAAAAUUCUGCUGUACAGUACAAAGUGAUAAAGAACGCCCUUCACCUGAUGUUUGAUAUCAUUAUCCCAGGAAAAUACAACAUGACCCUUAUUUGGAAUAAGCACAUGAACUUCUUCAUCAAGAUCUCCAGAGAAACACAGGAAACCAUCUGUGGUUUAUGUGGGAACUAUAAUGGGAACAUGAAGGAUGACUUUGAAACUCGAAGCAAGUAUGUGGCAUCAAAUGAACUGGAAUUUGUCAACUCUUGGAAAGAGAAUCCUCUCUGUGGGGAUGUGUACUUUGUAGUGGACCCUUGUAGCAAGAACCCUUAUCGUAAAGCAUGGGCAGAAAAGACAUGUUCCAUCAUCAACAGCCAAGUUUUUUCUGCCUGUCACAAUAAGGUGAAUCGGUUGUCCUACUAUGAGGCCUGUGUGCGGGACUCCUGUGGCUGUGACAUUGGAGGGGACUGUCAGUGCAUGUGUGACUCCAUCGCAGUCUAUGCCAUGGCCUGCCUGGAAAAAGGCAUCUGCAUUGACUGGAGGACCCCUGAGUUCUGUCCUGUCUAUUGUGAGUAUUACAAUUCUCAUAAAAAAACAGGAGUGGAUGAUGCUUUUUCCCAUGGCUACAAUGAUGACAAAUGUGACUGGCACUACAGGCCUUGUAACUGUCCAAAUCAAAACUACAAAUAUGUCAAUAUUGAAGGCUGUUACAACUGCUCUCAUGAUGAAUACUUUGACCAUGAAGAGGAAAGGUGCAUGCCAUGUGGACAAGUAAAUGUGACCAUCACACCCGAACCAUCUUCUCCUUCACCAGGUUAG